AGCCCACGGAAGACGUGAGCAAGUUGGCGGCGGCAAGUCCGGAAAGCGAGCAAGUCAGCAAGUAAGCGAGUAAGCGAGCAAGGGCGACGUUCGUUCGUGCCGAUCCGAUCAGAGACACGAGAGAGAGACAGGGAAGCGCACAAAAGGUGCAAGGGUGGAGGCGAGUCACAACACAACAGCACACCAACACGGGAAACGAUGCUGGAGUGGGUUGUGUGGGAAACGACCGCGCCGCUUGCGGUGUAUGCUGCAGCAACAGCUGCAAAGGGAGGCGAUUCAAGGGCUUCAAAGCAAGGUGCUGCUGACGAAGGUGCCGUGACUGUUCACCACGCAUCUGUGGACAUUACCAGCAACAGGGUGUGCGCCGUUGUCGAGUCGCAGGUGCCCGUGAAUGUGUACCACGUGCCGACACUGCUGCAGCGCGCCCGCGAGCUCAAGGCCGCCCUCACAAACGUCAACCGCCUCUUCUUCGCCACAAAGAGCAACACGCACCCCCGCCUGGUCCGUGCCAUCCACAGCCUUGGGUUUGGGCUGGAGUGUGUUUCGCUGCAGGAAGUGGAGUACGUCAUGGCAGCAACGCACGCCAGCCCGGAUCAUGUGCUCUUCACGCCAAACUUUGCAACCAGGGAUGAAUACGCAGCAGCCAUCAAGCUUGGCGUGCAUGUGACUGUUGACAACGUCUACUGCCUGCGAGCGUGGCCGGACGUUUUCACCGGUGCGUCUGUCGCGCUGCGCAUUGAUCCCGUCAAGGGGCGGGGUCACCACAAACACGUGGUCACGGCAGGCUCCCAGUCCAAGUUUGGGAUGGGCAUUGAAGACAUGCCGGAGGUGGUGCAGAUAUGCAAGGACAACAACAUCACAGUGGUUGGGCUACACUGCCAUAGCGGCAGUGGCAUCUUCGACCCGGCCACGUGGAACGAGCACGCCGCCUGCCUCAUUGCCGUCGCAAAGCAGUUCCCCGCGGUCAAGUUCAUGGACAUUGGCGGUGGUCUCGGUGUCCCAUACCGCUUCACGGAGAAGCGCCUGAACCUGGACAAGGUCAAUGAGGAGCUCGCUGCCAUUCUUCAUCCGGGCAUUGACCUGUGGAUGGAGCCGGGCCGCUUCCUCGUCUCAGAGUGCGGCGUCCUCCUCGCCCGCGUCUCCCAGAUCAAGACCAAGGCGGGUGUCAAGUUCGUCGGCAUCACCGCUGGCAUGAACAACCUCCUCCGCCCCGCGCUGUACGGCUCCCACCACGAGCUCGCAAACCUCUCCCACCUCGCCCGCACACGCCGCGGUGCCACUGAUGGUGCCACUGAUGGUGCCACUGAUGGUGCCACUGAUGGUGACUCGGGUGCAUGCGAGCCCGUCACGGUGUGUGGGCCCAUCUGUGAGAGCGCCGACAUCUUUGGCCGAGACCGGAUGCUGCCUGUGGACACGCGUGAAGGGGAUGUGAUUCUUGUGGACACGACGGGCGCCUAUGGUGUGACCAUGGAAUCCUACUACAACAUGCGCCCACGCGCCUCUGCCCACUUUCUCCUCCCUCCAUCCCCUUGA